AUGUUCUUUAUCACUGGUUCUUUCUUUCUUUCAUUUUUUUCUUUCAUUUUUUUCUUUCUUAUUUUUUCUUUCCAUCUUUCUUUCUUUCUUUCUUUCUUUCUUUUUUUCUUUUUCCCGCUCAUUCCAUAUUUCAAUGAACAUCUUUCUUUCUUUCUUUCUUUCUUUUUCCCGCUCAUUCCAUAUUUCAAUCAACAUCUUUCUUUCUUUCUUUCUUUCUUUCUCCCGCUCAUUCCAUAUUUCAAUCAUCAUCUAAAGCGGACAAAUGUGUUUUUUAGUCAACCUCUCUCCCUCCAGACAUACAUCCAGACAGCAGCCAACGAGUCUCACAGCAGCUGGUCUGUCCGGCUAGAUAUCAGCCUACCGCGUGUACUUACUUCCGGUGAAACAUUCAGCAGUCAAUCUCUAUACAUCCUUCCAUUAAUAACUGUUUCAGCCUCCCCGCUUUCUGUUUGA